CAGCUGUAAAGAUUCUGUCUGUUAGAAGUUUAAUAUAUAUAUAAAAACUAUAAGGUGUUUUGAGCAAAAAGGGCAAAUUUUAAGGGAGGAAAUGAAAUUUUCCUCGAAUGGUUGGCAUCCGAGAAGCCCGCGUAAGAAAAGCCCAAAGGCCCAGGUCCUGUCGCGUCUACAGAUGGUAACUUGUGCUUGAGUUUUUGCUGUCGAACGCUUAGUCGACACGUCGCCAUGGCACUCUCCGCGCGCCACCUUAUCCGAUGCCCUCCGCCGCCGGCGAUUUCUCUCAGAACGGAGCGGGCUCCUCUUGUUUGCUCGAUCCGCUGCGUCGCCUCGAGAUCUCAGGACUCUGGAGAAGGUGGGAAUCGAAGGCGGGUUUGGCGGCGCCGGCGAUUGGUACAGUUAACUUUCUUUCUAGUUUUCCUUCGCCGUUCAAGAAGCAGCAAUUUUUCUCUUUUCCAUAUCUGCCUUUAACUGAUCUGAUGACGAAGAAUGACGACAAGUUGCAGUAUCAGACGGAUCGUGUCCCCUUUCUCGAAGAACAAGUGAGGAAGAUAAGAGAAAAUGGGAAGAUAAUAUCUAUGGACAUUGAGAAGCUUUUGCUUAGAGAAGACAAUAAGUUCGAUUUUGUGAACGAGGUGGCUGCAGAGGCAACAUCUUACAUUGAGGCGAACAGAGAUGAGUAUGGAUUCAAGAAACCGAUAUUGCAUGCGCUCAGUAACCGCAUGAAGGAAGCAGGAUUCGACCGGCCAGAAGCCUACAUGGAAACCGACCCCUACAAGCCUGACCCCUCGUAUUUGAGAGACUUGGAAAUUUAGUAUGUGGUCGUUGCCGGCGUCCUGUUUGUCGAUGUAGCAUGUAUUGUUUCCAUUUAGAUGCUUGAAUAUUUAGCUCGACUGUUGUUCGAUGUAGGCAUUUCAUAACUCGAUUGUUUUUGCAAGGCUUUGUAGUCAAUUAGUUCAUGUAUGAGUUUUACAGCUCCCUCAAACUUUUGAAACCUUGCAAUCUUUGGCAGUAUUGAGCCUAAAGAGUGGACUUGCUACCUUGUUUUA